AUGCCCGUCCAAUUUCAAGGACCCGCUGGUCAGCCGCCGUUUAUCGUUCACCAGGCCGGACCUCCGUUCGUUCCCGGACCUGGUUUCCAACCCGGACUCGCAGGUCCGGGUCCGGUCCAGGUGUUGGUUCGGGGACCCGCUCCCCCACAGGGAAUGCCUGUUCCGCAACCGCAACCCCCUGCCGCCCAGAACGUCGCAGGGCAGCAGCUAGAUGUCAAACUUGCCGCCCAGCAGGGGGACAUUCAGCAGCUGCUGAUGGAGAAUCAACGGCUGGCGGCGACCCACGUGGCGCUCAGGCAGGAGCUGGCGUCUGCUCAGGGGGAGAUCCAACGGCUGAAAGGCGCCGUUGGGGAGAAGGAUCAGGUGGUUAGGGGCCUGAUGGAUACCAAGGCGAAGCUUGAAGCGGACCUGAGGGGAGCAGACACACUGAGGCAGGAGCUGCAGGCGGCAAGGCAGGAACUUCAGGGCACUAGGGGCGAGAUCCAGGCGCUGACGUCACGCAGGCAGGCAGAGGAAGCUGCGCGGAUGGCGCAGCAUCAGCAGCACCAGCAGCAGCAGCAGCAGCUGCAGCAGCAGCAGGCGCAGAUGCAGCAGCAGCAGGCGAAGAUUCAGCAGCAGGCGGCGCAGAUAGGGCAGAUGAACCAGGACCUGAACCGCAUGCAUGCUGACGUGCAGCUGCUGCCCAAGCUGAGGGGGGAGAUUGACUCAAUCACCCAGGAACUCGCCCUCGCCAGGUGA